AACCAAAGGCACCACCAACUACAUAGAAACAAAACAAAACCAGAGAGAGAGAGAGAAAGGUUUCUUCAAUGGCGUCAAGGAAGAGCUUUCUCUCAAAGCCAAGUCACAUCUUUCCAGAAACCACAGAGACCCAUUUGAGUCCAACCCAAGAGGGUUUGUUCGAGUUCGACGAAGCAGAGUUGUGGAACUCCUCCACCACCUUAACUGAGAGCAAGAACGCUUUACCUUCAGGUUCACGAUCCGUUUUGAAGAGAGCUUCAAGGAAAGUGGAUAACGGAGGAGGAAGAGUCAUGGCUCCAGCGUCAUUGCCCGUUAACAUACCUGAUUGGUCGAAGAUCUUGAAGGAUGAUUACAAGAAGCACCCAAAGUGUGAGAGUGAUGAAGAAUACUUUGACGAUGAAGAAAACCACAGGGAACACCGUGGUGGAAUUAGGGUACCCCCUCAUGAGUAUCUGGCUAGAACAAGAGGAGCUUCUUUUUCGGUGCAUGAAGGAAUUGGAAGAACUCUCAAAGGAAGAGACUUGCGUAGUGUAAGGAACGCCAUUUGGAAGAAAGUGGGGUUUGAAGAUUAAUUUAAUUAAUUAAAGACAAUAAUUAGUGUUAUAGAGUUGUAGAUUAACUAGUAUUGAAGACUUGUUAUAGAAUAACAUCGGGGUAUAUAUAGAGAUAAGCUGUGGAUCGGGUUCCAGAAUUAUUUUUUUUGGAAAAUUUUGGUUUACACGAUAUUAAUUUGUUAAACGAUCAACUAGCUAUUGAAAUGAUCCAUAUGCUUUGUUUAGUGAACCUUUUUUUUUGUAAUAUCCAUGAUCAUCAUGUAGUUAGGAGAUGAUCCUCGUUUUGGGUGUCUAGUGUUUUUAAAGAAGGACCACUCAUGCUUGUAAUGAGCUCUUCGACUUUUUAUAUAAUAUGGUACCUAUUAAUGAAUAUAAUAUUCGAUUUG